GAAUUUCUGUCAAGUAAAGAUAAGACCGAUAGAAGUUAGACAUGAAGUUCACGCUUCUCAUUUUAUUAAUUGCACUUUUAUGUGGUGUAGGUAAUGCCUAUCCCGAUAGAAGGGGCAUAUGUUUAACAUUUUGUGGUAUAUUCAGUAAACAUAAAUGUCCCCAGGGGUAUGAAUGUCGGAGUAAUGGGUGUGGACACGAAUGCUACAGACCAUUGAAUUUUCAAGUUCCAGCUAAUUGUACAGUACUGUCCUGUGAAGGUCAAAGUCACUGUCCUGUAGGAUAUAAAGUGGAUAAUAAUGGUUGUGAUACUUGUGAAUGUGACUGGUCGGCUAUGAAGACGUACUCUCAACUUGGAUAGUGAAAUAAAAAAUCGAAACUU